AUGGUGGAACCAACGCUUGUUAUGGAACCGCCGAUCACGUCACUUUUCGAAUGCAUUUCUGGAGGCAUUCUCCACUUGGAUAAGGCCGCAAAAGUAAUGGCCUCAAAAAUGCGAGGAGGAUCGUUUAACCAAGCCGCUCAUGAUGUAAAUUUCUUAAAAUCGGACAUUGCAACCGAGGCAAACUUCCGUUUUGACGAUCUCAAUCGUCUCUAUAGGCCGGACGCUACACAUUCCAACGCAUUGGCGACCGGGUUAAUGAGCGAGUUAGCACUGUCGAGGCAGCAAAAGGUGGCACAACUCCUCGAAAUAACGGAGAAGACGACACCACCCAGUCAAGACCGGACUCUAUCGCUACAAAAAUUGCGCUAA